AAGAAGGGCUUAUUCCUGGAGUGGAGAUGGCGGCGCUUGCUCCGCUGCCCCCGCUGCCCCCGCUGCCACCACAGUUUAAGAGCAUACAGCAUCAUCUGAGGACGGCUCAGGAGCAUGACAAGCGGGACCCUGUGGUGGCCUAUUACUGUCGUUUGUAUGCGAUGCAAACGGGAAUGAAGAUUGAUAGUAAAACUCCUGAAUGUCGUAAAUUUUUAUCAAAGCUAAUGGAUCAGUUAGAAGCUCUUAAGAAACAGUUGGGUGAUAAUGAAGCUGUUACUCAAGAAAUAGUUGGUUCCGCCCAUUUGGAGAAUUAUGCUUUGAAAAUGUUUUUGUAUGCAGAUAAUGAAGAUCGUGCUGGGCGAUUUCACAAAAACAUGAUCAAGUCCUUCUAUACUGCAAGUCUUUUAAUAGAUGUCAUAACAGUGUUUGGAGAACUCACUGAUGAAAAUGUGAAACACAGAAAGUAUGCAAGGUGGAAGGCAACAUAUAUUCACAAUUGUUUAAAGAAUGGAGAGACUCCUCAAGCAGGACCUGUUGGGAUUGAAGAAGAUAAUGAUGUUGAGGAAAAUGAAGACGCUGGAGCAGCCUCUCUGCCUAAUCAGCCACCUCAGCCGUCAUCUUCAACGUAUGACCCAAGCAACAUGCCAUCAAGCAGCUAUACUGGAAUACAGAUUCCUCCUGGUGCCCACGCUCCAGCUAAUACCCCAGCAGAAGUGCCUCAUAGCACAGGUGUAGCAAGUAACACUAUCCAGCCUACUCCACAGACUAUUCCGGCCAUUGAUCCUGCACUUUUCAAUACAGUUUCCCAGGGAGAUAUCCGACUAACACCAGAGGACUUUGCUAGAGCUCAGAAAUACUGCAAAUACGCUGGCAGUGCUUUGCAGUAUGAAGAUGUCAGCACUGCAGUGCAGAAUCUACAGAAGGCCCUCAAGUUACUGACUACAGGCAGAGAAUGAAGCCUUUGUACAACAUCCAUGCAUUUUUGGCUUAAAGAACUAACAGUCCAAUACUCUAUCUUCAGCCUAUCAGGAGCAUAUUUUAAGGAAGACUUCAGUUCCAUUGACUAUAACAAUGGAAUCUGUGUCUGUGUAUCAGAUUCCUGUUGAAGCAUUCAUCAGCAGCCUCAACCAGUUUUCAUUGUCCAUUUAGUGGAUUCAGUAGUCUCUGGGUAUAUAGGGCUGAUGUGAGCAAGGUCCUAAAAAUGCUCAUUUGAACCCUGCUUGUUCAAAAAAUAAGAACACACUUCUAUAAAAUGUAUUGGGAAUUAGCUUUGUAUCUUAAUCUACAUAAAUUAAGGAAUUUUUUAAUCUAUAAUUCGGACAGACCAUAUUACUUUGCUAUAAAAUUCUAAAUUUAACUUUUAAGAUUGCCAGAAUAUUCUAGAGAUGUUUUUGUUUUCAUCAGGACUUCUGAAACAGAUACAAAAUCCUAAACUGUUAGUUGAAUCUGAAAGAGAUUAUGUUCAAAUUUCAAUUUAUAUUCAUAUUUAAUAUAGCUACAUUAAUAGUUAAAAUGUUCAUGGAAGGAAAUGUAAUAAGGUAAAGAGGUAGAAUCAGUUUUAGACAUAAGAGUAAUGUUGGUUGCUCAACUGUUUUCCCUUAUUCAUUGACGCUUAAGGUGAAUUGGUAUUUGCUUCCUAGGCAGUUUGACUGCAUGUAUUAGAGAAUGAAAACAAGACAUUUGUAAUAAUGCCUGGAAACUUGGUGCUUUGAGUUAAGGUUCUCCUCUGCUGCUAUGGAAUGGAUUCCAUAGAGUGUAUAGUUAUGAAUGAUGCAGAAGAUUAUAAAAACAUAGACUUUCAGUUGUUAAGUUUAUAAGUUAUGUGGGAAUUAUGGACUUACUAUGUCACCUGCAUUUGUGCUGUUUAAAAAAUAAAUACAAGGAUUCUUUUAACUAAUUCAGUUUAUCACAGAGCCAAAUGUCUGUUGUGCAUGCUAAAAUUGUCACUUUUCUAAAGUCAUUAUUUUUAGUUAUAAUAAUAUAAAGAGAGAGAAAUUUGGCAGAUUUACCUGAAAUUAUCUGGUCCAUUUCAUUCAUUCCACUAAUACUGGGAAUCUUUUAACAAAGGGGUCAGCAAACUAUGGUCCAUGGGCUGGCCAUUUGUGUAAAUAAAGUUUUAUUGAAACCAAAUAAUAGCCAUUUAUUUAUAUUUUGUGUUUGGUUGCUUUCCACGAUGGCAGAAUUAUAUGGCCUGCAAGUCUAAAAUAUAUACUACUUGGCCCUUUAAGGAAAAGUUUGCUGACCCCUGUUCUGACAGUCUGUUUGAAAGAAAAUGAAUCAUUAUCUCAUAAUCUCUUAUGUCUUUCUAUUUUUCUUUGCAUAAGUGUAAUGUUAUUUAUAUAGAGUUCGAUAGAAUGAAUAUUGACAGAAUAAACUGUUCUAAAUUAUUGCAAAAACAAGCCCCCCAAAAACAUGCCUCCUGAAAAACAUU